AAUGUCCCCCGUCGUUCUCGAGACCCCCGCGAUGAACAUCCACAACUCAACCAUAUCCACCAUGGCUCGGAUACAGCAGCAGCAGCACCCCGUCAACCAGACCCCGAACGGCGAGAGCUCCCAGAACCAGAAUGGCGAGACGCGACCAGAUGGUCAAGACGAGUUCAACUUCGCCUCCACCGUCACUGGCAUCCUCGCCCAGACCCGCCCGACGACAUGCAUAAACUGCGCUGUCACAGAAAGCCCACUCUGGCGGCGCGACCCCAACGGCAACACCGUCUGCAACGCCUGUGGCCUUUAUCAAAAAUCAAGACACAUGCCCCGCCCGUCCUCGUUGGGCCGGACACCACCACCUCCAACAUCUUCCACAAAUCAGCCGACAACGACCACAGCGUCUUCCAACCCCGUUAGCACCGUCGGCCCCUCGCCUUUCGCCCCUAGCUCCUUGAGCUCAUCCACCACCGGCCCUACAGGCUCGACGACCGCCAAACCCCCAUCACCCGCCCCGAAAAGCUCACCCUCGUCGACCAACAAGGUCGCUGUUCCCCAUCUCACAGGCUCAGGCGGUACCUGCCCCGGCGACGGGCGCUGCGACGGCACAGGCGGCACGAGCGCGUGCUCAGGGUGUCCCACAUAUAACAACGUCCUCGCGCUCUCCGCGCGACUCGAGAUGGACAAUGCAGCUGCGGUGGCGGCUCUCGGAGCGGCUGCGGACGCUGUGCUUGCAGCCGGGCUCGCCGGUGCUGGUGCUGGUGAUCCCUCGUCGGCAGCAGCAGGGGCUGGGGCGCCGACGGAAUUGGGAGGAGCAGGGGGUGAAGGUACUGUGCAGGAUGGCGCUGCGAGCCCUGGAGGAGGUGCUGGUGCGGAUAGUGAUGCGAGUGCGAUGGGAGGUGGUCAAGGAGGUGCCGGCGCAGGAGGGCAAGGAGGAGGCCCGGCGAACAGGAAGGCGCGGGCUGCUGUUGGCGCGCUGUGCUGUGCGAACUGUGGGACGAGCACGACGCCGUUAUGGAGGAGAGACGAUGUUGGGAACAACAUCUGCAAUGCUUGUGGAUUAUACUUCAAGCUACACGGAACCCACCGACCCAACUCGAUGAAGAAGACUGUCAUCAAGCGCCGGAAACGAGUUCCUGCUGCUUCGAGUGCCGCUGGAGGCAACGUCUCAACACGCAUGUCGGACCAGGCCGCUGCGGAGGCUCUCGUCGCUGUCGGCCGAAGCGGUCUUUCACCAAGUCACGGUGAAGAAAGCGACGCAGACGAUCAACCGAGGAAGAAACGAACCAGGCGUUCUACCAAAACCUCUCGCGAGAAGGAUGAAGACGUACUGAUGGACGGCGAAGACGAAGACGACGGUGCUCGAACAAGUGCAAGUGCUGCGGGACGGAAACGACGUGGAGGAGCUGCGAAUGGCUGGGGCGACAGCGGACACCCGCACCCUCCGCAUCCGCAUCCGCACCACGGACUGCCGCCUCUACCAGGCCCGCCGCAACAUUACCCCGGUGGAUCGCCGCCCUCGGAAUUCAGCAGCUUGAUGGUCGCAGCCGGCGUCGCUCUCGGUGGAUUGGGCAUCCCUUCGUACAUGGACCUGGAGAGGCAUUACUUCGAGCUCAGCGAGCAGAAGAGGAAGUGGGAGGAGAUGAUGGAAAGGACGGAUCGGUUGAUGGCUGGGAUGAAGAGGACGUUGGAUGAGAUGAGGGGUUUGGCCGCCCAACAUCCUAUGCCGAUGCCUUCGCCAGGUAUGCUUCCACCACCGGGCUUGAUGGCCCCGCAACCUCAACCCCCGCUCGGUGGUCAGCCGAGCCAGCCAGGAUCGGCGAAGCAAUCGCCGCAAAUGCAGCCCGCUCCUAGCCCUGCGCCAGCUGGUGCUGGCCCCGCCGCCGUGCCGCUCAAUCGACCUGCAGGUGCAGAGCGCGAACGCAGUUCGAUUUGGCCCGUCAUUGAAUCCUCCGGCCCUCGUGACUG